CCCAUUUCCCCGCGGAAGUAAAUAAAUAAAGAAAUACAUUGCGAGGUAACAGAAAUAUAGAAUCGAAGAGAAGAGAAGAAUAGGGAGGGAAAAGUUGUCGGAGAAGAGAUCGGUUUUCAGGGAGGCAGAGGAUCAGGGACAAUUUGAUUUUUCCUUCCUGAAAUCGGUCAAUUCGCCGGACCAUCUGCAGCUGGUAUCAAUGGGGACAGUCAACAGUGCUUGUAUUCGAUCUGAUAGUAACCACAAAGUGACUUCCUCAGUUGGCGAGCCACUGAAAGGGCAUAGAUCCCCUGCCCGGAUAGUACGAAAAUCCAGUAGAUCAGAUGAUUUCUGGAACAGUAGCACAUUGGACAAGGACAACAGUGGUGCUCAAUCAGGGGAAAGCUACAGCACAGCGAAUGAAACCCUGGAAGUCGGUGGCUCUGGAAAUGGAAACAUCCCUUCUGAAUUCGUCAAUCAUGGUCUUCUUCUUUGGAACCAGUCCAGGCAGCAGUGGCUAAGAAAUAAGAAAUCUGAAAACCAUGGAUCACAGCUUCACAAACCCAGAUCAAACCCAUUAAGUUCACGUAAUACCUCUUCGACCCUUGCUAGUUCCAAUUGUUUGCUGUUCCUUAUACUUUACAUUUGCAGUUGCUUUUCAGCCUUCUUUGGUAUUAUCUUUACAAUUUUUGGUUGGAGUGCAACUUAUGACAGUUUGCUUACCAGUAAUAAGCGCUUUACGAAGCCUAUACCCCUUGCUAUGAUGGUAGAUUUUCUUGUCGACAUCUGGGAUCAGGAAGGGAUGUACGAUUGAUAAAGCACACCAAUAUUGAAUUUUUUUUGUAGAGUUAGUAAUUAUACGGCCUACCUUAGACUUGGAAUUCAGGUGGUGCAGGCAGUGUAUAUCAAUUGUGAUAUAGUGGGUUUGGUAUUGUUCUUUUGGGAGCUUUUGUUCAUCCGGUUUUUUUGGUUGAAACUGAUCUUUUGUAAAAAAGACCGAACGUUUCAUAUAAUUCUGAUACCUUUUGCGUUUGGCCAUUAGCUGCCUUGUGUCUAUACAAUGGUGUGACUUCCUCGAA